AUGGGUGUCGAACCGCCCUUCAUCUAUGACCGUCCAAGCACCUACACCUUCGGGGGUCCUGUCCAGCAUGGAUUCAAUCCCAAAGCUGCUACACAGGCUUCUUGGACCCCGAAAGCCUCAAGGCCCAAGCAAGAUGGCCCUCUCAUCAAUUUCAAUAAACAUCCUGACUCGUACAUAGUCGUUCCUUACGGCAAUCUCGAUGCGAAACCGAUGAACCCCAACACCAAGAGUAGGGUGACCCGUGCUCGCCAGAUCCAGCUCUUGCUGCGGAUAUGCGCCUUGCUGGGAGCCAUGGGCACCCUGUUCUGCGUCAUUGCCAUCAAUAAAACAUCGUCAACAGUGGGAUGGAUCAUCCGGGUUGCUCCAGCCGUGUCCCUUUGCCAUACACUAUAUGCCGUCUACCAUUUCUGCCGUGGCGCAACAGGGCGGCCUCCAGCAUCUACAGCCAGCUACAUGAUAUUCGCAGCCCUGCUCGACACCGGGCUGAUUCCGUUUUUCGUCUUCUCCGCUUGGAUGGCACAGGCAGAUUAUACAAGCAACACUUAUGGUUGGAGCACCCUGUUCAACGACUCGGUGCUUUCCUACAAGAUCAUACAUGCUUUCUUCCUGCUUUCAUCCAUUGAGAGUGGACUCCUGGCCGUGUCUCUCAUAUUGGACGUGUUCCUGGCCUUGAAGUUCAAAAAGAUCGCGAGACUGCCACCAGACAUGAACCCGCUAGAGCCGAACCUCACAUCAAGACAUAAGCGGAAUAAGUCAGAGCUCAUCACGGAGAAGAACAUGAAGUCUUCAGUAUUGGCGGCGAAGAGAGAGUCUCAGGCUUCGGGGUUUCGAAGGGUCCCUUUCAUGCAUACGCGGACCGACUCGGCAGAUAGUGUCACUCUCCAUGGGAGUGAGAAUGCUCGUACCUCCAGAGCAGAAUUGCGCAAAGAGUUGGAUGAGAACGAGAAAGAUCCAUGGCGCUGGUCCCGGUAUUCAUCUCCAGAGCGUCCCAACUCCACUGUCAAUCCUUCUCCCAACUCACGAGGUGCAGGCACAGGGUUGGAUCAUCGACCAGAACGCUCCUCGGGGCUUACGAAAGAGGCUUCGCGCCCUUCGUCUUGGCUGUCAUAUCUGGACUAUGAGGGUGUGCCCAACAACCUGAGUGAAGGGGCUACCGCCGCACUCGACCAUGAAGUCCGACCACUGUCCCGAGUCUCUGCAAUUUCGGCCCGUGACGCUUCUGUUGAUCGACGUCAACAUGAGAGAGAGAACUGGUAUCAAGGUGCGGCAAGGAACAGCCAAGUUCAUCUCCCACAUAACGGCAGCCAAACUCGUUUGCAUCCGCUCACUGCAAACACGACCGACUCCAGUCCGAACCUAUCAGUCCCCAGUCCGCAACUCCAGGCAAAGAGGAGAAGUCGUGAGCCACUCGCCAUGAACCCUCCCACUCCUCCUCGCGUCCAAUCUCAGGACGAAAACAUCUAUACCUCCCCGCGGGACCCGGUUCCAUUGCAGAACGAAAGUAGGACUGCCCUGCUCGAUGGCGACGCGAAUGCUCAAGCGCGACCCAAUAUGGGAUCCCGGCCAUCGAGCUUUAUCGGAAGCGGUGGCAAAGGUCGAUUUUAUGGCAAUUUGAGAUCGUCCAUCGGCUCCGUUGGGUCGCAGGGUAACAAGAAAAGCACACAAGCUGCCGUUCAUGACGUUGAGGACAUGUAUCAACGCACAAAGACAAUGCAUACAGAGAGCGACUACAGUACGAACUUCGAAAUCUACGGAUCUGACAGCGAGGAUGAGAAGCUGAGUGCCAACAUCCAGCAGGUCUCGGCCAACUCUCAGUGGAAUGGAGCGAGACAGGUCUCGAAUUCUACAGGUUAUGAUCUCAAUGCCGGAUAUGCUGGGCUGGGCUCGGAAUUUGGCCUGGGAAUGGGCCGUCGGCGCGAGGUCAGCGGGAAGGUCGUGGAAGAAGGCCGAGCCUCGCCUACUAAGAAUGGUGCUGCUGGUUGGGAAAGAUUCAAGGGGUUGUAA